CUCCAGCUCCAUUUCCAUUCCCAUUUCCAUGCAGGCCAGCCGACCGUAGUAAAAUCCAGUUUUGAUAAAAAUAAACAAACUACGCUACACUGCGGAGUACUCUACCCACCCAAGUGGAUUGGAUUUGAGGAGUGCUGCCUGAGCGCUUGAGCUGCGCAAGUCGCUUGCUACGGAAUCGGAUACGCAACGAGAGAUUCGGACUCGGAAUUGAAAAUCGGAAAUCUCAAUUCGGACUCUCCAUGGAGCUGGCCUACAGCAAUGAGUCAGCCGCAGCCACGGCGGCCUCCUUCGCCUUCACGAAUACAGCCAAGUUGCCCAUCGAGACGGUGAAGCGUCUCAUAGCAGCCGUUUCCCGUCGUCCCAUGCUAUGGCUGAGGACCAAUACGAGUGGCCAGCGGCGGAGCGACAUAACACCUAUUUGGUUUGAAGUCGGCCAGGAUGUUAACUUGCCAGCCGACAUCUGCCGCAUCAAGUGGGGCCACCUGAGGGACAACUUUCGCAAGGUGUACAUCCGCAACAACCUGUCUAACGAGACGCCCUCAUCGUGGCGCUUCUACAACGAUAUGCGCUUCAUGGAGCACGCCGUACACGAGAAUAUAAUGCGCCAGACGCGCACCACCAGCAAGAAGCAUCCGCCGGGUCACUGGUCGGAGAACAACAAUGUCUUGGGCGUGAACAAGUAUGAGUCGUUCACCGAGCCCAUCUGUGAACUGAGCGAUAGCUAUGACUCGGAACUGCACCAGCCGAGCUUCUCGGACAUCAGUUCCUUCUUCGAGGAGUCGCCGGAGAGCAAGAGAGUCAAGUUGGAGCCCAGCCAAUCGGAGGAGCAGGAGGACGAGGAGGAUGACGACGACUUUGACGAGGAUGCUGCAUCCGAGAACAUGGAGGAGGAGCGUGGAAACAAGAGCGAAUCCAUUUCGAAACCACCGAAUACCGGGGUAUUCACCAUCGAAGUGCUCGACGAUGAUGAGGAAAUGGAACAGUCGAAGGGGGACAAGGACAAAAACAGCUGUAGAGACUCGAGUAACAUAUCCGGCCAAAGCCAUAGUAAUAGCCUGAAGAGUGAACCGGAUUCCAAGCCAGCUUUCAUAUCACCUUCGCAGUCGCAGUCGCGCUCACCGUCCUCGGAGCUGCCCUUUAAGUACAUCAGCACUGAUGCGGCCACCAACACGGAACCGACGGGCGGCGACAUCCAGGAUGAGGCUGAUCGGAUGUUCCUGCUUAGCCUGAUGCCAUUCCUUCAGCGGUUAGAUGAGCGCCGGCGCCUGCGCGUGCGUCAGAAGCUACAGAACGUGCUGAUCGAGGAGCUGGAGUUUGGCUAAUCCGGGUGACGAGGGCCCGACUAGAUGUACGUCAUAAGCUUAGCUUAGCAGUAUUAUAAGAACGCGACUGACCAACUCUGUGGAUCUGCAUACAUACGUAGCAUGUAAUCAGUAUUCCGGCCUGCCCUUCCUUGUAAGACAGCUCAUAUACCAACACUUUCAUACAUACCAUUACCACAAUCUCACAAUCAUUUCGAAUACAAAUAGACGGUACAAUCGGUACGAAAAAGAAA